AUGAGGAGCCUCUCAACCUGGCUGGGAUGGACUCCUAUUGGCUCCUGGUUGAAGCCAUCGACAAGCCUCUUUGACCCGGACUCCAACUGCCAUGAUUCGGAAAUGAAUUCGGACGCAUCGCGCUCACGAAAUGCCAUGCCACAUUACUUUUUCCCCGACGGAGUUGAAGUUCUCUAUGAUAGCCCCGAAGCAGUCGUGGAUAUUUGCUUCGUCCAUGGGUUGACGGGAAAUCGACAGACUACGUGGACACUCGAUGGCCAGUCAGAACCCUGGCCCCAGACUCUUCUUCCGUCUAGAAUCCCCCAUGCUCGGAUACUGAGCUACGGCUAUGACGCCUAUGUUGUGCGAAGCACCGUCACGUCAUCGAAUAAGCUCAUUGACCAUGCCACCAAUCUUCUGAACGACUUGGUGUCAAAUCGAGCUGCUUCUAACGCAUUAUCGCGACCGGUGAUUUUCGUCGCACAUAGCCUCGGGGGCCUAGUUUGCAAGAAGGCAAUUCUGCUUUCCCGGAAUAAUCCGGAUUCUCAUCUUCGAGACAUUUUUCAGUCCACGAAGGGUAUCAUAUUCAUGGGAACGCCGCAUAAGGGUUCUUGGAUAGCCGACUGGGCGAAAAUUCCAGCUAGAAGUCUGGGGAUCGUCAAAUCGACCAAUACGUCCUUGCUAGCAGUGCUUGAAACCGAGACCCAGCUUUUGGAAUCCCUUCAAGUGGAGUUCUGGGGCAUGGUGCGGGAAUUACGUGAAUCUGGCAGGUUUCUCGAAGUAACCUCCUUUUUCGAAGAAUUACCUCUACCCAUUGUAGGUUUAGUGGUGCGCAAGGAUUCAGCAACGCUCGAUGGGUAUAACUCUAUCAGCAUGCACGCCAAUCAUAGGGAUAUGGUGAAAUUUGGCUCUGAGCAAGAGAAUGGAUACCAAAGAUUACUUGGGGAACUCAAGCGAUGGGAGUCCCAGAUUAGGGGCGCAGGAUCUCCAAGUAUCGAAGCAUGGGAGAAGACAGAAUCUAACGGUGAAUCAGAUAAUCAAACUCCUAAGAUGUUGGAGUCCCCGCUGCUUCACAGGGAAAGUUCAAUCUUCUUGGUCAACAACUCCGGUGAAGGCUGGGUGCAAACCAAUACUGGCUCAGGUGCUCAAUACAACAACGGCGGCACUGGUAAUCAAUUCAACGGCACGAUUCAUGGCUUUCAUUUGACUCCGCCGUCACAGUCUACGUAA